GGGUUUAACCCCUUCGUGGAGGUUUUAACCCUCUCUACGCUUCCCCAUCCAUGGCGACCCGAGCCCUUCUCCGACGAUCCAAAAACCCUAAUUUGGCCCCCUUAAUCCUUCGGAUACUCACAUCACCCUUACACCACCCCUCUCGUCCCCCCAAUCUCCGAAACCCUAGCGCGGAGCCCCAUCGAACCGAGCUCAAUUUCGAGCUGAGGCGCCUCUACCACGACGGGAGGCCGAGAGGCCCCCUGUGGAGGGGGAAGAAGAUGAUCGGAAAGGAGGCGCUUUUCGUGAUCCAAGGGCUCAAGAGGUUCAAGGGCGACGAGGAGAGGUUGGAGAAGUUCGUCAAGUCGCACGUGCUGCGGCUGCUCAAGAUGGAUAAGAUCGCCGUGCUCAACGAGCUCCAGCGACAGGAGGAGGUGGAUUUGGCGCUCAAGAUGUUUAGUAUUAUACAAAAGGAAGACUGGUAUAAGCCGGACGUGUAUCUCUACAAGGAUUUAAUCGUUGCUUUAGCCAGGAGUAGAAAGAUGGAAAAGGCGAUCCAAGUGUGGGAGAGCAUGAGAAGAGAUGAGCUAUUUCCUGAUUCGCAGACGUAUGCGGAGGUUAUCAGGGGAUUCUUGAGAUACGGGUCGCCAUCAGAUGCGAUGAAUAUCUACGAGGACAUGAUAAAAUCGCCCGAACCUCCUGAAGAACUGCCCUUCAGGAUACUACUGAAGGGGCUUCUGCCGCACCCGCUGCUGAGGAAUAGAGUGAAGCAGGAUUUCGAGGAGUUGUUUCCCGAGCGGCAUAUUUAUGAUCCUCCUGAAGAGAUCUUUGGUAUGAGAUGAGGAACUCCUGAGUUUGGAUCGACACUUUUCCGGUUCUUGUCGAAGGAACGAACAGUACGGGUCAAUUCAAGCAGCCAUGUAUAAACAAGCCAUUAGUCGCUGCAGCUCAAGGACAGCUGCAAAACCCUCAUGGUCACAGUGCUCAUUCCGAAUCAUAGGAGAGACGCGAUGUAAUCUUAUUUUCUCAGAGUGUCUAAACUUACUAUGGCUAAAUUUUAUUCCUGCUAGGAAAUUCUACUUCAUAGUUUUAUCAGGGGAUGCUCUGUGCUGAACUGUAUAUUGUUUGAACUAUUGGUUGUCAGUUUUUCUUUAUGUUGGGAACCAAAAAUUCCUAAGACAUGGGCUUAUGAAAGAUUUAUUAAUUUGGGUUACCAAUAA